AUGCGUGGUUGGCAGUGGGGUGCAUGGCUCAGUGCACUUGUGGUAGGUGCUUUGGCAAAUGUUUCCGAGUCAUCAACGCAGGAUGUGAAUCUUGUUGACAUCAUAAGCACUUACCCAGAACUGUCAACCUUCAUUCAUUAUCUACAACGGGCGCGUCUGAUUCCAUCGCUAAAUCGCAUGCAAGAGAAAAGUGAUGUUUCUUCGGGAAUGACGAUCUUUGCUCCCACAAAUGCAGCGUUUGAAUCAUUCUGGCGUCAUGGCGACUUGGGGAACAAGUCUGUGGUGUCUGAACAAGAGCAGCACCUGCCGGACAAUAUUCAGGCAGAACUUCGGCAACAGCUGCUUUACCACGUACUCAAUUAUACUCUGUUGGACGGGAACGAUGCCAACCUAUUUUUAGAGACGUUGCAUUUCCCAUCACGCAAGCGCCUGUUCGAACCCACUCGGCCAGGCACUGUGCCGCAGAAACCACAAGAUCCUCCGCAUCCUGGCGCCGAGGAUCGCGGUGGCUUGCUGGGUGGAUAUGGGCAAAUGCUUCGUGUUGUCCGUGCUGAAAAUGGCUCUAUCACGCAUGUCGGCAUGGAUCAUCGCGGAAUGCAUGGUGCACGCAUAGUCCAUGUGGAUCGUCGCUCGCGCCAUGGCAUCGUGUACUUGAUUGAUCGAGUGAUUUCGUUGCCGCCGUCACUCGAUGUGUUUUUACGCGAGCAGAGUGUCUCCACCUUAUUCCGCCACAUCCCUAACGACACUCUGCGCACGCUUGCAACGACGGCACACCUGACCGUAUUUUUGCCCACUGAUGCAGCAUGGCAUCAGCUAGAUCCGCUCGAGAAAAAGUACCUUCUGGGCUCUAGCCCUGAGGCACUCCAAGAUCGCUUGCGUGUGUUUGGAUGGCACGCAUCGAGCACGGGUCUAGGUGAUGGCCGUGUCGCAUAUGCGUCGGAGCUGCUUGCUGCUCCUCAGACCAACCUCACGACCAUCCUUGGUGGUGAUGUGCAUGUGAGGACGCAAGCUGGACCGACUCCUGGCUCUCCCCGCUCCCUGUCUCUUGAUGGCAUGUCGAUCGUGCAACAGGAUAUCCUGACCGAGAAUGGUGUCGUUCACAUCGUGGACGGUAUGCAUAUGCCGUUUGGUGAUUUAGGUAUGACGGCCGAAAAGUAUUUACUCGCUCUUAAUGCUACAGAGUUUGUCGCGCUCAUGAAGCACGCAGGACUUGGCGACUAUAUAACCCAAGAUCCGCAUGAAGCAAGGCGUCCGGCAACACCGAGGGGUCCAUUCACGUUUCUUGUACCUCCAAACUCUGCACUGCGUAACUGGGUACAUCAACAUGUGGCCCAGCCGAUUAGCAAACAUUCUUCGUCCAUGCAGCGCCUUCGAGACAUGUUAUUGUACCAUAUCCUCCCAGACCAUCAGCGCACACUUACCAACGAAACGCUUCUCACGACGCAAUUAUAUCCAACCGGCUUACUCGGUGCACCUCAGCGCAUACCAGUGAUUUUGAGUGACAACAAAACGCUCACAUUCGGGCACGCCCGCGUGACUCAUGGUCCCGUCCAUGCACACACAGCGACCAUGUACCUACUCAGCGAUAUUGCGCGCGUCCCAACCGACCCUGUACAUACUGCGGCGCGUGCAUCUCUAUCGACCUACGUCCAAGCACUGAGUAAGGCGCAUUUGGAUUCCAGCAUACGCAAAGCACCGCUUAUGACAUACUUAGCGCCAAUAAAUGAGGCAUUUGAGAAUAUGGGUUUGGCGGCCAAGUACUUGCUGCACACAUCGAAUGCAGAUCUGUCGCAUGUCAUUGCUUCCUUCGCGUUACCAGGCGCCCUGUACUUGUCGUCACUAGAAGCGAAUUGGACGCGUGUGGUCACUGGCGAUGGAUCCUUUGUGUGGCUACGACGCGACGAAGCAGGUAUAGCAGUCCGCACGCCAACAACCGGUGCCACUCUCAUGCAAACGACGCAGACUGAUCUCAUCACUGAUACAGGUGUCGUUCAUGCGGUAAGCGACGUUCAGCUACCACCGUCAGUCCCAAUGACGCUGUCAAAGCUAGCGCGUGGUGCACCAACACAGAAGAUGCUCUCGCUGAUCCAUGCGGCCGGCUUUGACUGGGUGUGGAACUCGUCUCUCACAAUCCAAGCGGAUCGGAAAUGCAAGCAGCAAAAGUUGAUCGUGCUUCUUCCCGAAGACAGGGCGUUUGCGAAACUGAACAUCAGUUUAUAUGAAGCGAAUCCAGAGUCACUUCGAGCUCUUGUUGCUCUGCACAUCUUGGUUAUGGACGAAUGUCAUUCUCGCAAACGCACAGAUGAACACUUGCCGCUGCCCCUCUUCGACGAAAUGGUGCAUUCAACUAUGCUUGAUAAGCGCUUGGGUGGAUCAAGUGCAUUUGGCCGUCUUGCCUUCCGCCGCACCAGUGCAUCGUCGAAGAACCAACUUGGAUACAUGGUCGGUAUUAAAGGGGCUCGCAGCACGGUUGGAAAAGAGCAUGCCGCCAACGUUCUCGAUCUUGGACAUGCAGUUCUUCACGAAACACUCGCUGACGGACACGUGGUGCCCGGUGGUGUUCUCACAAUUGACACAGUCUUGGAACCAUUUGAGCCUGGCUGGCUCCUGCGCUGGAAUUGGACAUGGAAGAUGUGCCUACUUUUAGUGCUAGUUUCAGGCGCAUGUGUUACAAGAGCUUACACGCGACACAGGCGCUGGGGCUACACGCGGGUCCAAUCUGACGCCUUCGAGGGUGAAGAAGAGUAG